CAACCUCUGUCACUCUCACUGCGUCAUCCAUUCACUCUCUCUCUCUCUCUCUCUCUGUCUCUCUCUAGCCAUGAAUUCCCUUUCCAUUUCCAUGUCUACACUCCUGAGACCUUCACCUUCUCUUUUAUCAUAUACCUCCUCCACAUCUCAUAAAACGAGCACCUUUCGCUGUAAAUCCCCUUCUUUAGCAAUCCAAGCUCGCAUUUCUUCAUCUUCUUUGGCAAACUCCCGCCUAAAAGUUCUAACUGACGUCGAAACAUCGGGGUUGGGUUUUGAGCUUGAACCCUCUUAUCCUCUCUACCCAUCUUUUACUGCUCCUCAGACGCAGGAGACUGCCAUGAGAGGCGCCGCGUCAGAUGUAAUGGGGUUGUUGCUGAAGGAGAGGAUUGUAUUCUUAGGCAAUAACAUAGAUGAUUUCGUUGCCGAUGCAAUUAUAAGCCAGCUGCUGCUGUUGGAUGCUCAAGAUCCUACCAAGGAUAUUCGGCUCUUCAUUAAUUCGCCCGGCGGAUCUCUGAGUGCAACAAUGGCUAUUUACGACGUGGUGCAGCUUGUGAGAGCAGAUGUUUCCACCGUUGCACUUGGAAUUGCAGCAUCAACGGCAUCAAUCAUCCUAGGUGGUGGCACAAAAGGAAAACGUCUUGCAAUGCCUAACACAAGGAUAAUGCUUCAUCAACCUCUUGGAGGUGCUAGUGGGCAAGCGAUAGAUGUGGAGAUUCAAGCCCGGGAAAUAAUGCAUAAUAAGAACAAUGUCACCAGAAUUAUUUCUGGUUUCACCGGUUGGACUUUCGAACAAAUCCAGAAAGAUAUUGAUAGAGAUCGUUACAUGUCUCCAAUUGAAGCCGUUGAAUAUGGAAUUAUUGAUGGGGUUAUUGAUAGGGAUAGCAUUAUUCCACUUGUGCCAGUACCAGAAAAGGCAAAAUCAAGACUGAACUAUGAAGAAAUAAGCAAAGACCCAAAAAAGUUUUUGACACCAGAUAUUCCUGAUGAUGAGAUAUACUAGACUGAGGACAUCUAAUGCAGGUAUAUCAUUGCUUCCUUGCUGUUUCUUGCCCAUCUUUAUAAUAACUACAAUUUUAAAUUGGCUGCUAGCUUGCAAAUAGAAGACAGAAUGGUUACACAUUUGAAUAUGAAACCUGUGGAACUUUUGAUGAUAUAA